ACUGGUCGCGCCGCCAUGGAGAAAGCAAUGAUUUCGAAUGUGAAGUUAUCUUUGCGCAGUGGCAAUACCGUAACCGAUGAAGUUCUACUGAGCUCCCUGUCCGUGUUGAGUGUCACGGGUUUGAGACUCUACUCGAUUGCCGGACAGGAUAAGGUGGAGGAGAUCUUUGCCAAGGACAAUACAGAGCAAAUAAGGAUCGUGGAGCGUCUGUUCAACAGCUCGCUGGUGGUGCUGGUCACCUCCCAGAAACCAAAUUGCCUCAAGAUGCUGCACUUCAAGAAGAAGCAGGACAUUUGCAACUGCUUCUACCCGUCGGAGAUCCUGUGCGUGCGCAUGAAUCGCCAGCGAUUGAUUGUCUGCCUGGCGGAGAGCAUACACAUCCAUGACAUACGCGACAUGAAGAUCCUGCAUUCCAUCGAGAACAUUGCCCCCAAUGAGCAGGGGCUCUGCGCCCUGUCCCUUAACUCACAUUUGGCCUUUCCCGUCUGCCAGUCCAGCGGAGAGCUGCGCAUUUUCAAUGCGAGUAAGCUGAGGACUGGGAUGACCAUCAAGGCCCAUGACACGCCCCUCUCCGCGUUGACAUUCUCGCCCAGUGGGGCGCUGCUGGCCACCGCCUCGGAGCGUGGCACUGUGAUACGCGUGUUCUGUGUUAAGAACGGCCAGAGAGUUCAGGAGUUCCGGCGUGGAGUGAGCUGUGUGCGAAUUGCCUCGCUGGUCUUUGCUGCAAGCGGGGAUUUUCUGUGCGCCUCCUCCAACACGGAGACGGUACACAUCUUCAGGAUUGAUGCACGAGCCGUAGAGUCUGUGGAACUGAAGGCAAUUGCUGAAGUGGCUGCCAAGUCGGACAGUGCCUCCAAGGAGUGUACAGCCACGGCUCCACCAACCACAGAAGAGGCCAGUGCCGCGCCCGUUGCCAGUUGGGGUGGCAUGUUCUCCAAGGCAGUGUCCUCGCUACUGCACUCGACGCAAGUCAGCGAUGUCCUGGCCCAAGAUCGAUCCUUUGCCACAGUGGUGCUCGCCCAGGCGGGACUCAAGCACAUCUGUGCACUGACGAGAGUGCAGAAGGAGCUGCGACUGCUGAUUGCCUGCGAGGAUGGUUUCCUCUAUGUGCACGAGUUCAAUGCAGAGCGAGGUGGUUCCUGCAAGCUGCUGGCGGUUCAUGAUCUGCGGGGCGCCCUGGAGGAUGUCAUCGAGCUGCAGCUGAGCGAGAGUGUGCUGCGGAUGCAGGCCAAGCCAGUGACCACGCCGCAGUCGUUGACGCUGUUGAAGAGCUGUGCGGCCAGUGUGCUCAUUGAGAAUCCCGAUCCCAUGCCGGAUAAUAGUUAUGCUAGCAUACUCAGGGGUGAUCAGGCGGAUGCCAUGUCAGAUUCCGCCAAAUUCCGUAAACUCUGCGAUGCCAUCGACACGCCAACGAAGCUCUACGAUGAGCGACAAUUUCCGCCCGUCGCCAUUGCGGCCAAAGAUUGACCAAGACGCCGCAGCUCCAUAGACAUGGUCUUUGUCAAAAAACCAUAGAAAAAUCCAAACCCAAAAAAAAAUACAUAAAACCCCUUUGGAAAAGUUGUCCAAAAAAUAUUUCAAAAAUGUACUUUAAGUUAUCCUUAAAAAAAGCGAAAAGGAAAUACUCCAAACCAGAAAACUUGACAAAAAAAAAGUAUUUUAAAUUAUAUUUAAACUAUAAGAAUUAAUCCUCGAUCAUUUCCAAACGAUUUUGUAUAUAUAAAUCUUUAACUUAAACUGUAGAAACUUCCCAUAAUUGUUAACAAAUUGAAUGCCUUGGCUUUCUCAUUCCGUUUCUAACUCCAUUUGUCAAAGUACUCUCAUAGAUUCUCCUCUCUAAUGCAGUUACACAAGGUUCUGUAUUUUUGUAUGAUAUAUAAAUAUACACACAUAUAUUUAGUGAUAUACAUAUAUUAUAAUAGUUAAUAGUCAAGACUUAGCAAAUUGUGCGUUAGAAGCUCAACAGAAAAUCCAAAAAAAGAAAAAACGAAAAACACUAAAAAUACAGGAGG